AUGUACUGUAACAAUUACAGAACAGGGAUGAUGUUCCUGUGUAUGUCUCUACUGCUUCUCUUCAGCUUUAUGGAAUCUCAAGCAGAGAGAUUAGAGGUGGUUGGUCCAGAAGCUCCUCUUGUUGCCGUAGCUGGUGAAGAUCUGGUUCUUCCCUGUUUUAUAAAACCCAACACCAGCGCUGUGCACAUGAGAGUGGAGUGGUUCAGACUAGAUGUAGAAGACUCAUUAGUGCAUCUCUAUAAAGAUCAUGAAGACAAAUAUGAAAAGCAGGCUCAGUCCUACAGAGGAAGAACUUCACUAUUUAAACAGGAGCUACAGAAAGGCAACGCUUCACUCAAACUCUCAUCUCUCCAAGUCUCUGAUGAAGGAAAAUACAAGUGUCUUGUUGAGGAGGAAAACUCAUGGUAUGAUGACAUCACUGUUCAUGUCACUGUCGAAGUUCUGGGAAGCCAUCCAGUGAUCACGAUGGAGAGUUAUGAUCAUUCAGGUGGGAUUAAUCUAGUGUGUGAGUCCAGAGGCUGGAACCCUGAACCUGAGGUUCUGUGGAUGAACAGAGAAGGAGACCCUCUGCCUGCUGAAGAUACACAGAUACACAGAGACACUGAGGGCUUCAGUGUGAAACGCCACAUCACUGUUUAUGAUUAUAGCGACUCCAACAAGUUUUACUGCAGACUUCUACAGAAACAUCACAUGAUGGAGACAGAGGUCAACAUUAAUAGUGAAGUAUUUGAAGCGUGGAAGGGCGUUGUCAUCAGUAUUAUAAUUUUAGGGUUGAUAACUACAGCUGGAUUCAUUUUAACCAUUACAUGUGUCUAUCAAAAGACAGUAACUCUGAGAAUAAUGGAAAAGCAAGAGUUUGAAAAGAAAAUUAAAUAUGCAGUGGAUGUGACUCUGGAUCCUGAUACAGCAAGUCCCAAACUCAUCCUGUCUAAUGAUAGAAAACAAGUCACACAUGAAGACACAAAACAGGAUCUCCCUGAUACCCCACAGAGGUUUGAUUACAGCUCGUGUGUACUAGGGAAGCAAAGUUUCUCUUCAGGGAGAUUUUAUUAUGAGGUGCAGGUCAGAGGGAAAACUAAGUGGGAUCUUGGAGUGGCCACAGAGUCCAUUAACAGGAAGGGGAAGAUUACACUGACUCCUCAGAAUGGAUUCUGGGCUGUGGUACUGAGGAAGGGGAAUCAGUAUAAGGCUUGUGCCGGUCCCUCUGUCCCCCUCACACUGAGAGAGAAUGUGGAGAAGGUGGGGGUGUUUGUGGAUUAUGAGGAGGGUCUGGUCUCCUUUUAUGAUGUGAUGGCAAGGUCUCAUAUCUACUCUUUCACUGGCCAGUCUUUCACUCAGAAACUAUAUCCUUUCUUCAGUCCUUGUAAUAACAAAAAAGGUCUAAAUUCAAUUCCACUGAUUAUCCAAAGUGACUUUGCACUUUAGGCUUAAAGGGAAUUGCUCAAGUGGCCAAACUGAGACAGCUUGGUGCAGCUGAGAUUUCAAAUUUAACCUUGAGAUCAGUAGCCCAGAACCUUAACCACAUUCACAUUCACACAAUUGCCUUUUGCUACUGAAGUUCAACAUAGGAUAUAACUGUAAUGUAUAAAAACAUAUUGCUAGGUGUCCCAAACACCUGUAUAUAUUUUUAAUGAAUACAUUUUAUCAGGAUCUAUACUUGUUCUAAUUUAUAUCUUUAAAUUAAUCAGUAAAUGGCUUUUACACCUGCUCCAGUUCUGGCCUGAUCGCUUUCCCUGUUACACUCAGACCUCUGCCCCGGAUACAGAAGAAAACAGAACAAAACUGUACCUUUCCUUGUCAUUUGAAAUGACAACGAAACACACACAUAUUUUGUACCUUUAAUAUGUAUUUUUCACCCCCCCCAUCCCCAUCCAAAGUUUGAUCAUGGAAAUUUGCAUAUUUAGAACAUAGUUUUAGGAUUACAGUUAACGUUUGAAUUCACAUGAUUUGUGAGUGAUAGAAGCUCCCACAGCAUGGGGAAAUUGUAGCGUGCUAUGGCUGUCCUGUGGGCAGAUGUAUUCUCUGCUCCAUAACCUACCAUGAAACCCACUACACCAAGUAGAGGCGAGCUAAGAUGUGUGCAGGCAAACUACACACACUAAGAUUUAAACACGCAAUCAUGACUUUUAAACAAACUCAGAAAGGAUGGCUACCUAUGAAACUAAAUUCAACACUAUAUAUGUUGUAAAUACAAUUUCCCCAAGGACGCUUCCAAGCAAUGCUGUGCUGCCUGCAUUGUGACCAGGUACCAUUAUUUGACUCAAUGCAAUGACUGACUUAGAUGAUCUUUUUAAAUUUAGUUUUAGUUUAGCUUGCUUUGUAAUAAGUGUACCAACUGUACAACAAUAUAUAUAUAUAUAUAUAUAUAUAUAUAUAUAUAUAUAUAUAUAUAUAUAUAUAUAUAUAUAUAUAUAUAUAUAUAUAUAUUGGUAACCUGAAACGUUAGCUAUGUAAAAGGGUACUGGAGUUUUCUGUUCUUAAUUCUAAAGACAAACUGCUAUAACUAGUUCUGAAUGGAUAACUACAAUAUGGCCACAACUCAGACGUUAGAUCCAUAUCUCUCAUUGCCAAAUUAGCACAUCUCAGCAUUAUGUUGAGCCUUAUAUUUGUAAAAUCACUUAGUUGUCCUUAUAAUAAUGCUGUGCAACUUUCCUCACUUUCACUCGCAUUUAUAACAGUCUGUCACAAUGUGAGGGUUCACAACAAACUCGGCGGGAGGAUAUGCAAGUGAAUGUAACGUUAAUGGUCAAAAAUUGGAACUGACGUAGCCUAGCCUACUUUGUGGGUGUGCAAAUAUCAACAGUUAAUUGAGGUUCUUAAGAACAAACCAAGUCAUGGUUUGAUGCCCUCUAUACUAAGCUAAUGUUACCUACUAUUUAGGUAUCUAGUUACUUACUGUCUGAAAAAAAGUUGUAUGUUCUGCUGCACUUUCCUACACUUGGCUGCUGUCUCCAUUUCUUACAGACUGAGCUGCUAAAAUAUACCAACCAACCUGUGUUGAGUAUGGGUGCAAACAAGUGUACAAUUGGAGGGGAGCACACACCUAUUUUCCUUAACAAACAGAAAUAUAUUAAAAAUGAAUGUACAUAAAUAAAUACAAUAGAUGAAGAAAAGACAGAUCCGUUGGCAGAGUUCAUUAAAGGGGGACAUAUAGAAAAUAGUUUGUACUGUAUGUUGGGGGGACAGAUUGUUAUUUCUUCAACAUUUGGGGGGCAUGACCCCCCCAAAGAAUGUGUGGUUACACCCAUGAUUUCUAUUGUUUCUAAUAUUCUAAAUUACAUACAGAUAUGCCAGAUCUUGUACAAUUUAUGCUGGAUUUUUAAACCCUUAAGUAUUUCAGCACUACUAAGGAGCGAUGGAAGAACUAAAGGUUUUCUAAAGCUUUGGAUCAAUUGAACCACUGAAACACUGGGAAAAGCGCACACUAGUGACAUCUGUUGGUCAUCUGGAAAACCGAAACAAAAGACCUGCAACUGAAAUCACCUUCAUAUGUUUUCAUUAGUGUGUAAUAUCCUGAAAUGAAUUUGUCUAGUAUAUGUAGCUCAAUACGUUACAUUUUAACUAUUUUCUUUUAUAUCUAGUCUAAAUAAAGUGUGAUAGUUUUACUGUUUAUAGUUUUAUUAAAUAAACUUAGUUUGUC